CUCUCGUGAGCUGAGACCCGGGGGCCGGGAGGGAAGUAGGAGGGACAGUCAGAUGGAUGGAACGGACCCAGCUCCGUGACGACAGGGGUUGGGGUCGUUCACCUGCCGGACAGUAGUUACUGUGAACGUUCUCUGUGCUGACCAGUGAUCCGGCCGGGUCUUUCACGCCUGCUGCCCCCCUUCGAACUGCCCUGGCCGCCCCGGAGCGUGCGGUCCCCCCCGCACCAAAUGUAUUCAACUUAGUGUUUGUGGAGGCUGGGCCGAGACUGGCAAGGGGCGGGAAACACAUUAACCACGUUAACACAUUAACGUGAGGGUGUGUGUGAAUGAAUGAAUGGAUGAAUGCACACUCUUGUGCAUUGUACAUCCCGUUAAGGAAGCUGGGGUGCUGGAGGCUGGGGUGCUGGAGUUACCCUCUGUAUUCACCGUGUAUACCCAGUUUCCAUCCUUGCCCACCCGCCUGAAAUGAAUGAACUUUUGCUUUUCAUUUGUAUUAUGGGUCGUGCUAGGCAGAGCUCUCCUGGCGGAGCUAGGGAGACCCUAUGGGAAACAAACCCGGGUCCGGGGCGUGUAAGGCAAACUCCUUUCCCACGGUACCGUCUCUCCGGCUCCUGAAAGCACCUUUUAUCGAGGGGCAAGUCGUGGGGAAGGCGUGGAUUCGCCAGAAAAUACCCUUUUUCAGGCGGUAGGACUUUGCAUCGUCUUUCCUCUCCACGAAACUCAGCCUCGGUCACUUGAUUCUCACUCCCACGCCCCUGCGUGUCCCAGACGGACACCCGACCCACAGCACGAGGACCCAGGGUCGCCGCCUCCCGGCAGCCACGCGCCUCCAUGCUCGCCAGAGAGGGGCCUGCUCCCCCCCAUGCCUCCGCGAUGGUUCAGGCCGCUCGGCCCAGGCGGGGCGGGAGGGUCCACCGCGCCCUGGCGCGGGGGGCGGGGUGCGGGGCGCCGGACGAGGCGGAGGGAUCCCUUUGGAAUGUGGUCGUGAGUCCCGGCGCCGAUUGGUCGCGGACUCCGGGAGCGCGUUCCUGAUUGGCGGGGCGUGGGCAGGGACUCCGCCCUCCGGCCGCCGCUGCUGGAGAGGCCCGGGGCCGAGUUUGCCGAAGGCCGAGCGCGGCGCGGGCACGGCGGCGGUGCAGGCGGGUUCCAUGCCUGGCCUCUUUGGAUUUCUGCAGACACCUUGAUAUCCAGGCAUUCUGCCCAUUUUUUAGAUGAGGAAACUGAGGCCGCAUCCAGUGAAGUGACUUGCCCACAGCCACGCAGCUGGGUCACUCUGGCUGCGGGGCCAGGGCUGAGGUGGGGAGAGGAGGCGGCCUCUGCUGGUCAGGAUCUCCCGGGUGCGGCCCCACCGCUCGCCGCUCAUGCCGCUGGGUCUGGGGCGGCGGAAAAAGGCGCCGCCUCUGGUGGAGAAUGAAGAGGCCGAACCGGGCCGUGGCGGGCUGGGCGUGGGGGAGCCCGGGCCCCUGGGCGGGGGCGGGGCUGGCGGACCCCACAUGGGCCUGCCGCCCCCGCCUCCCGCCCUGCGGCCCCGCCUCGUCUUCCACACCCAGCUGGCCCACGGCAGCCCGACCGGCCGCAUCGAGGGCUUCACUAACGUCAAGGAGCUGUACGGCAAGAUCGCCGAGGCCUUCCGGCUGCCGCCUGCCGAGGUGAUGUUCUGUACCCUCAACACCCACAAAGUGGACAUGGACAAGCUGUUGGGGGGCCAGAUCGGCCUGGAGGACUUCAUCUUCGCCCACGUGAAGGGGCAGCGGAAGGAGGUGGAGGUGUUCAAGUCGGAGGACGCGCUGGGGCUCACCAUUACCGACAACGGGGCCGGCUACGCCUUCAUCAAGCGCAUCAAGGAGGGCAGCGUAAUCGACCACGUCCAGCUCGUCAGCGUGGGCGACAUGAUCGAGUCUAUUAACGGGCAGAGCCUGCUGGGCUGCCGCCACUACGAGGUGGCCCGGCUGCUUAAGGAACUUCCCCGGGGCCGCACCUUCACACUGAAGCUUACGGAGCCCCGCAAGGCCUUUGACAUGAUUGGGGUGCGCUCAGCAGGUGGCCGCCCCGGGGCAGGCCCUCAGCUGGGCACUGGCCGAGGAACCCUGCGUCUCCGAUCCCGGGGGCCAGCCACCGUUGAGGACCUGCCGUCGGCCUUUGAGGAGAAGGCGGUGGAGAAGGUUGACGACCUCCUGGAGAGCUACAUGGGCAUCAGGGACACGGAGCUGGCGGCCACCAUGGUGGAGCUGGGCAAGGACAAGAGGAACCCGGACGAGUUGGCCGAGGCCCUGGACGAGCGGCUGGGUGACUUCGCCUUCCCUGAUGAGUUUGUCUUUGAUGUCUGGGGCGCCAUUGGGGACGCCAAGGUCGGCCGCUACUAGGCCUCCCACUGGACCUCAAGGCGGCCUCGGUCUGGGCACAGCCUGGGGGGACCCGCACCCCAGCACCCGGCCAGCAGCCAGGGCCGAGGCAGGUGGGGCUGGCGCGGGGCCUCACGUUCUCCAAUCGGUACCACCUUCCCGUCUCCCGUUUCCCAGCCUGCCUGGGUGACCCCGCUCCCACCUACCUCAGCCAGGUCAGGCGCCCGGGGGAGGGGCCGGGCAGAUGGAACAGCCCCCCCGCUUCCCUUAUUUGUCCCCCCUGGGCCUCAGGCUGUUUGUAGCGGGGCACGGCCACCCUCCGUUCUCCACCCAGAGACGAGGGGCGCUCCCCUACAUGCAAUAAUACCCGCUCUCUCCCGCCCUGUCAGGGUGCCCCCUCUCAGGAGGCUCUGCCCUCCGCCUAGGAACCCCAAGUCUGCUGUGAACCCCGCAGCCCCAGGGUUGGGCCGGGGGCAGCUCUGGGCUUUUGUACCUGAAGUCGCCACUUUCUGAAACAUAAAAGACUCUUGCUCUGC